GGUUGUGAGAUAAGUACAUUUAUUUUCUUUUAGUACAUUGUUAUUAUUAAAGAAUUUAGUGAAAAAAUAUAUUCAUAAUGUUAAGUUUAAUGAACAGACUGUUAGAUUGGUUCAAAAGCUUAUUUUGGAAAGAAGAAAUGGAAUUAACAUUGGUUGGAUUGCAGUAUUCUGGAAAAACAACUUUUGUCAAUGUUAUAGCUUCAGGUCAGUUUAGUGAAGAUAUGAUCCCCACUGUAGGGUUUAAUAUGAGAAAAAUCACCAAAGGUAAUGUUACAAUAAAAGUAUGGGAUAUUGGUGGACAACCAAGGUUUAGAUCUAUGUGGGAAAGGUAUUGUCGAGGAGUAAAUGCUAUUGUUUACAUGGUUGAUGCUGCUGAUCCUGAAAAAAUUGAAGCAUCUCGAAAUGAACUGCACAAUUUGCUAGAUAAACCACAGUUAGCAGGAAUACCUGUUUUGGUUCUUGGAAAUAAAAGAGAUAAACCACAAGCUUUAGAUGAAAAUGGCCUCAUUGAAAGAAUGUAA